UACACGUGUGUGUGGCAGUAGCUCAAAAUGGCUGUCAGCUGUAUUUUGUGUGAUUAAACGAGUGCUUGAACUGUUUAUAUUCGCAUUAAAAUGUAUUUUCCAAUAGGCUGGCCAAGAAUAUUAAACGUACCUCGUUGUGGGCCCUGUCGGAUUCGUCAGGUUGUUUGUAACAGAGACAAAAUAUUGUUCGCUAUAUUGACAGAUGUCAGUUUAUCCGUCUGGUUUUGUAAGCCAUGUGUGCCAAUUGUCUACCAUCGACGUGAACAAAACUCCAUUAAACAAUAUGGGACAAAUAUUCUUGUUGAGUGGAGACCUGAUUCUAGCAUGCUGGUUGUUGCUACAUCAGACAGACAUUUACUGUUUUAUAAACUUGGUGUGGUUGCUGAGCAGAAAGGUCUUUAUGAGCAGAUUGACUCACCUCAUCCCAAUUUGAAACGAGAUAGUGCUGAACUUUUUAUAAAAGAGGUUGUUCCACCUCUUCUUUUGUCUCUUGACAAGGAGGUACUUGUAGAUGGCCGCAUAACAAGUUUAGUAUGUAUUCGAGAUGAGUUAAUGUUGGCAACCUCAUUGGGACAUGUAUUGAGAUAUAAAUGGGAUGGGAGUCAGAACCGUGAUUACUGUUUAGAUUUAAAAAGAGUGCCAUUUUGCAUAGACCAGCAAGUAUCUAAAGCUGUGCCCAUCUUAGAAGUGAAUGUCCAUGUCAUUGACAUAGAGUAUUCUCCAUUGGUUGGUGGUUUUGCAGUUGUUCUUAGUGAUGGAAGGGCAGCUUUCCUUACAGCUCCGUCUUUGAAAUUUGACCCGAAUCAUCCCCUGGGACUCUCAGAGGAAGAGCUGCAGGUGCAAGGUAUUUGGGCCCAAAGCUUAGAAGAUGCCACGUGUGCUAGUGUUAAUCACAAGUACCGACUCAUUGUGUUUGGAAGGAGAAACUCCCAGGCUGUUGUAUAUUGUAUUGAUGAGAGCACUGGUGGUUUGGAAGUGUCACAUCAUAUUAUGUUGUCAAAUAAAGAUUAUCCAGGUUUGCCUGGACCUGUGAAAUGUAUUCGUUGGACACCAGAUGGCUGUGCUAUGGCUGUAGCUUGGGAACAGGGUGGAAUCUCCUUAUGGAGCACAUUUGGUGCUCUGCUGAUGUGCACUCUUGGUUGGGAUUAUGGCCUUAAUGUAGAUAUUUCUUGCAGUAACCCUCUACUUGUAACAAGUAUGGAAUGGUCAGCUGAGGGUUAUCAGUUAUGGUUAGUGAAACAGCAACUCAAUCAUGAUCCUGGAGGGCAAGAUGCUGAAACAGACAGUGUCAUCCAGUUGGAUUUUGUGAAAAGUGCUCUUACUGUCAACCCAUGUAUGAGUCAUCAGGGGCACCUGUAUCUUCAAGGUGGAGAUCGGACAUACAUCAAUCUUGGAGAAAAUUUAAUGAAAGUUUAUCAUCAGCAUCCUAAGGACCAACGUUCACCUCUUUACAGCUCAGGAGAAGUCUUUUUAGAUACAGAAAAUGUUACUGUUACAAGCACAUUGAUGGGCAGUAAACAGUGGAUUGUUGUUCCUAUUCCUUCUGCAUACUCUAGCACAAAUUGGCCAAUAAGAUACACAGCUCUAGAUUCGGAAGGCCAAAAUUUAGCUGUUGCAGGCCGUACUGGUUUAGCACAUUAUUCCUUAAUCAGCCGCAAAUGGAAAUUAUUUGGAAAUGAAACUCAGGAGAAAGACUUUGUGGUGACUGGUGGACUGAUGUGGUGGCGAGAGCAUUUGGUGAUGGGGUGUUACAGCAUAAUAGAAAAUAGAGAUGAAAUUCGCAUAUACCCUCGAGAAGCGAGGCUAGACAAUGCUUUUGCAAAAAUCACUAAAGUAUCAGCACAGGUACUACUUUUGAAUAUGUUCAGGGAUAAGCUUAUAAUAUUCUGUGCAAAUGGACAGCUUACUAUUUAUUCACUUCUGGCACGAGAUAACCAACCUUUGGGAGCUGUGGAAGUAACAAGACUACAGGCCUUGGAUAUCAGUGCAUUGUGUGUGCAUCCUGCUUGUGUUGUGUCUGUUACAUUAACUGCACUACGUACAGAAAUAGGUCGUCAUGCCUCGAAAGAGUUUGAAAGUAUUAUGCUGAACAUAAGUGGAAGACUUCUUAUGGUUCAGCGAGAAAUGAAGAACGUGAAUGAAAUCAAUGAUGUUUUUCAACCUCCAACAGUUUUGGCAUCCUGUGUUGAAAAUGUCUGGGUACCUAGGAAAUCUCGAAGAGAAAAACCUCACCUAACAGAAGCUCUGUGGUUGUUUUGUGGUUCACAUGGCAUGAGAGUUUGGUUACCAUUGUUCCCAAAAGAUGGUGACAAAUCUCAUACGUUCAUGUCAAAAAGAAUUAUGUUACCAUUUCAGCUUCGAAUUUAUCCUCUAGCUAUACUGUUUGAAGAUGCAAUUCUUUUGGGAGUUGAAAAUGAUACAAUGCUGUUUACAUCUGAUAGCAACUCACCGUUUUCUUUACCAUUUUGCCUUCUGGAGAAAACGAGCCAGGUGUAUCUACAUCAAAUCCUCAGACAACUAAUUCGUCGAAAUUUAGGCUUUCAUGCUUGGGAAAUAGCCCGAAGUUGCACUAAUCUUCCCUACUUCUCCCAUUCUCUUGAACUUCUACUACAUGAGGUUUUGGAAGAAGAAGCGACAAGUAAAGAGCCUAUCCCUGAUGCAUUGCUUCCAAGUGUGAUUGAAUUCAUACAGGAAUUUCCUAUUUAUUUGCAAACUGUUGUUCAGUGUGCACGUAAAACAGAAAUCGCUCUGUGGCCAUAUCUAUUCUCAGCAGCUGGUAAACCUAAAGAUUUAUUUCAAGACUGUCUCAUGAAGAAACAUUUGGAUACAGCUGCUUCAUAUUUAAUUAUUUUGCAAAACCUAGAGCACUCAUCCGUUAGCAGACAAUAUGCUACUCUUCUGCUGAAUGCUGCACUAGACAGCUGCAGAUGGGAACUCUCCAAAGAUCUGGUUCGCUUCCUGAGAGCAAUUGAUCCCAAUGAUGUUGAAUCACCACGUGCCUCUUUUAUUUUGCCGGCCAAGUAUGGAGUUAAUACUCAGACACCACCAAUCAGUCCAAAUGAGGAAGAUUUAUCUCUUGUUUUGGGCACUAUGCAGGUUUCUCGAGGCCGUAGCUUCAGUACAACUAGUACACCUAAGAUUAAGCAAGUGGAAAGUGGAACACCCAGUGUUGGCGGGCUUCAUCACGAACUCCUGAGGUCAAAUAGUAGUGGAACAGAAAGCAGCAAAUCAGUCCCAACAAGGCGAAAAAAGUCUGUUCCUACUGGGCGUGGAGAUGAUAGAGAGUCUUCCGAGUCCGCUGAAGACUUCUUUAUUGAUGUGAUACUACAGCGCCAUGCUCGACGUUUACUUUCUGCACGACAGUUGGCAGAUUUAGGACAUUUUGCAGCUCAUUUGGAUUUUCAUUUAGUCACAUGGCUGGCAAAAGAAAGGGAUAGAGUUGCCAGAGUUGAAGAUUUUGUUGCUGCUUUAAAACAACUGCAUAAUGAUUUCUCAUGGCCAUACCCAGCUCUCACUCAACCUGUGUCUUACUAUUUGCAACGAAGUAUGUCAAAUUCAGGCUCAACGCCGGCUUCGCCUGCUGUUGACAACAGCCGGAAAAGUUUCUCCAUUGACCCAGUCACAUCACAGUCUGGAAGUGGAGUUGGUGACAGUGGGUAUAUGAGUUACACAGGAGCUCAAAAUGAGGCACUUUGUGCAUUAGGUGCAGUUAUACCAACUAAAGCAGCACAUUGUUACAUUCCAAGUGUGUCAGCAAGCAAUGAUUAUCCCAGUAGUGCUGUUGUCGAAGCCCAGCUGCUUCCUCAUCUGUUACAAGAAGAGGCAAGCAUACGGAGCGAAGAAGGUUCCUAUUGGGGUGAUGACAGAGAGAGCUCAGUUCAAGAUGUUUCUAACACAACAUGGCCUGAUGUUCCAAGUGCAAAUCUACUGGAGCAACUAUCGCAGGAGCUAACUAAUAAAGGCUCAGCAAAAUCAGAAGUCCAGCUUAGGUACCUCUUACAAUUAUUCACAGAAGCCGGCUGCAUUGAGUGGGCAUUGGUAAUAUCUGUCUUGCUGCGAGAUGCUCUGGCUGUUGUACGUAUCACUAACAGCACUCGCUCUACAGAACAUUCCUAUGAAGCUGUCCUGAGGGUAAAGAAUGGUCUUGUUAGUCUGUGUCAGUGGAGCAGCAGUGAAUGCCUUGGUUAUAGGCCUUUCCUGUUAGCUGUGCAGAACCAAGUUCCAGUAUUAAGUAAAAUCUUGAGCAGCAAACAACAGUAUCUGCAACAACAGAAAAUAUUACAGCAACAGCAACAACAGCAGCAACAUCUUCAGCAGCAACUUCAGCAGAAUCCAAGUUCACCCCAAUUACUGCCAGCUGUUGCACCUCAUUCUAGAAGGGCAAGUUCUAACGUAGAUGUCAGCAGCCAUCACAGUAGUGGUCAACAAGCAAGAACCUCCCAUUCAAGCAGUUCAGGGGGAUUCCAUGAUACGUUAAGAAAUGAAUUGCACCGUUCAGAGAGGACUCGUGAAAGAAAUUUACAUUCCGUCUUUGAUGCAAGAGAAGCUACUGAUGCAGAAAAUGAAAUACAAGAAACUGAUUCCAUAGAAGACGGGAAAGAAGAAUCUGAGCGAUCUGUCUGCACUGUGUCAUAGUCCUGGUUGUAUUAACAUUGUAAAACAAAACACAGUUAGUGAAAGAAUGUGUGCUCUAUUUGUUUAGUGCUGGUGUGCUGUUUUUUGUACAAUGUGCAGUGAAAUUAUCAUGUGACGAGUUGGUGUAUGGACUUAAAAAUUGUAUAUAACAAGUUAUUUUUUUAAGAAAAUGAAAACUUUAAAUGAUUAACAGCAUCUCUUUUACAGCUGUUUUUAAGCAAUAAUACUUAUUGAAUUACCAUAACUGAUUCCUUAACAGGUAGCUAUAACAUGUAAAACACCAUAGUAGUCAAAUGUAAAACUAUGAAUACUUAUUUUCUUUUUUCCCUGAUGGUGUUGCACAUAUUCUUUGAGAUUAGCAGGCAUCAGUUUUACAGUUUCACUUUGCCAGUUGUAAUAUAAACACUGAAUAUAUAUUUGGUAACUUACCAUCUUGCUCAGUGACUCUGUGCCUUAUCUACAUUGGUUUCAAUGUGAUUACUCUCCAGGAAUUAUAACAGUAUACUUCAGUGCAUACUGAUUAUAAUGAGGCUUCUGCAUUUUGUUCCUAAUCAUCCAGAGGUUUGAGUGUAAAUACAGUCACACAGUUUGUGGAAAUGGAAUAAAGACUGUAUAUUCUCAGCUACUUUUUUAUCUUGAAGAGCAUGGCAUACUUCAACAUUUUCUUAAUAUUUGAAUUUUUUCUGCAGGAUGUGAUUCAUCAAUACACUGCUCAGAAGAAUUAGGGGGCAUGACUUUGGGCAUCUGCCAUACUCCAUUGCGCAAUAAUUGAUGAUUGGAUAUGUUACCAAAUUCUAUUAUCUUUCACAAAGGAACUACACAACAAAACAUCAUUACAUCCUCGAUCAUUUACAUAAAGAGAACUGAAAAGUCUGACUCGUGUCAAAAACAAAGUGAAAACAGUCCUUCAUCUCAUUGUUCUGGGGGUUUUUCAUUGGACCUAGUGCUUCGAUAACAAGUAUGGCGUGUGUGAGCAUUUAUCACUGCCCGACACGUGGCAUGCUUCAUAUAUGUCUGUGGAGGUGACACUGUAGUAUCCUAUCCCAUUCUUCAAUGACAGCACAUGAGAGUUUUUGGAGAGUCUGUUGUGGAACAGGACAACGAUUAACACUUCUGUCAAGCAUGUUCCACAUAAGCACAAUGCAGCUUAGGUUGGGACUCACUGCGGGCCAUUCCAUUACUUCAUCGUCCAGGCUUCGCAAAGACAUCCCUGCUGACAUCCACCACAUAGGCCUUGGCAUUAGUAGGAUUUCCGGGUUAACACACAUGCAGUGCCCACCACUUGCUCGAAAAGGAUCUGUUCAGUGUACUCCAUGGCAGUAAGGUGACUAUGGACGAUGACGAGAUUCAUAUGAUCCGUGUGGCUGAUUACACUGAAGCCUCCCCACAACAUAACAGAGCAUAACAUCUGGCACACACUGCCCGUCUUGUCUGUGAACAUGAACACAGCCAUCACCUUGUGUCAUAGGAUAUCUGGACUCAUCUGUGACUGACACAUUUCACCAGUAGUGGUGUUGCCACUUAACAUGGGAAAAACAGAAAUGAAGGCAAGCUCCAAGAUGCAGUCAUGUAAAGUGGAGUACUCAAGCAGAAUGUCUGUACCAUAAGGUCCUUUCUCUUAACAUGUUAGUUAAUAGUCUGAUCAGACAUAGUGGCUCUUCUGAGAUCAUCUUGCAAUGCCCUGAUGGUAUCCGUACAGUGCCGUAACUCAGAGAUGGCCAGA